AUGUUUUUAUUGGUUAUACUACUAAACCUUGAUGAAAAUGAUUCAUUAUCUAAUGAAGAAAAUGUAACUGAGUCUUUAUCAGUUACUGAAGUAUCAGAAACCACCAUUCAAUCAAAUGAUUCAAUAAAACCUGAUAAUACUGAUGCUACUGAUACUGUUACUGCUGCUACUGCUACUGUUACUGUUGCUACUGCUACUGUUACUGCUGCUACUGCUACUGUUACUGCUGCUAAUGCUAAUGUUACUGCUGCUACUGCUACUGUUACUACUGUUGCUGCUGGUGAUGAUGACGAUGAUGAUGCUGAUGAUGAUGAUGAUGAUGAUAAUGAUGAUGAUGACGAUGUUGUCAAGCCUAAAACCCUACAAAAACUGAUCAAACCAAAAAAGAUAUCUAAACUUGGUGAAUCCGAAGACACUAUACCACCAAAGUAUAGAUCUGCCAAGAAAUCUGAUUACAACAAGAUAAGAAACAAGAAAAAAUAA